CAAGAUAAGGAAACGAGGAAACAGGGAAGUAACAAAACUACCCCACGGCCGAAGUGUCUGUCUGUGUUACUCGGUGAAUACACACACAAACACUUAAUAAUGAAGCUCGCGCUGCGCAAUUCAGCAUUUGCUCCAUUUCCUAAGAAUGGGUAGUGGGUAUUGAAGGUGGUUGAUGGGCAUGCGUUACAAUUAUGAGACAAAUGAGAACGCCCUAUUAAUGGAGGUACAAUGGAACUUGUGGAGAAAAGGGAUUCCCUCUGUCUUGGUUCCUGAAGUUGAUGUAAUGUCUGAAGAGCUAGGAAAAAGAUCGGUCACGAUAACUUCUGCUCUACCUGAAGCAGCAGCUUCUGUGGUAAUUGCUUCCACAGUUGUGGGUGCAGCUGCAACCUUUCUUGUGAGGAGAAGCAAAGCUCCCAAGGAACCCGAGGUUGCUUUAAAAACUUGUGAAGAUUGUGGAGGUUCUGGUAUAUGUUCAGAAUGCAAUGGCGAAGGAUUUGUACUUAAGAAACGGUCAGAUGAAAGUUCUCAGAGGGCAAGAACAAAAGCAAAGAAUAUGGCAACUCGAUUCACAGCAGGUGGUUAAUUUUUCCAGGCUUCCCAAGAAAUGGAGCUAUUGUACAAAGUGCUCUUCUUCCCGAUCCUGCAGCACUUGUGGUGGGCGUGGAAAGAUAAGCUACUAGUUGUGCUGUAAUGAUCAUCUUUAUGCUUCUCUAGUGGAAACCGAAGCUCUGAUGCAUUGCAAUUUGCAAAAGAAUAUGGUCUGCUGGAGGUUGAGAAGAUUACAAGUGAGUUGACUGUUCCACAGUGUACAUCAAUUGAUAAGUAAGAUGUAUAUAUCCAUCUGUAAGAUUGUACUUCUUUCAUCUGCAGUAUCAAACAAAUAAUCAUUAAUCCGGUACAACUAGUGUUAUUGGCUUGGGAGGUCAUAUAUUUGCA